UCCAACAACAACAACAUCAGAAGAAAAAAAAAAGGGGAAAUAGAUCUAGAAAACCCCCAAAUUUUACUCCGUCUCAGAUCUCGGACCUUGACGCCAUCUGUCUCUCUCUCUCUCUCUCCCUCUCUCUCAACUCGAUCCAAUGCCGGUGAACUGAGAUGAGCAGGAUCGCUCUCGAUUCGAUCUCUGGUGGCCGGAGAGCAUCGGUCGGAUCUCAGCUCCAGCAGCUCAGGAGCGGAGGUAAGAUCACCGGAGAUUCUGACGAGAACUUAGAUCUCUUCUCGCGGACCCGUAGAUCUGACGGCGACCCGAUUAGGUUGGAAAAGAUAGCAGUGGGGUCAACGAGGAUCGGGAGAGGAAUGGAAGACCUACUCGACGCCGAGAUUGGGAAGCACGACUACGAUUGGCUCCUCACUCCCCCUGAAACUCCUCUAUAUCCAUCUGUGGUGCCUAGGGAGAGUCCACUAUCUUCAACAGCACCUUCAGCUAGGGAGAGCCCAGUAUCAUCAACAGCAUCAAGGGGCAGACCAGCUGCUAGAUCAAUCUCAAAUACACGACCAUCAAGGCUGUCAGCAUCUCAAACAGAUAAUGGCCAUUCUAUCAGGCCAGUGCGAAGCAGUUCAGUGACCCGUCCUUCUAUCUCAAGCAGCUAUUCUAGUAGCUCUUUCUCCAAUAACAACAACCGAACUUCAGUUCUAAACACAAGCUCGGCUUCCGUCACUUCUUCGAGACCAUCAACACCUGGCAACCGCUCCACAGCUGGAAGACCCUCUUCAACAACAAGACCCUCUUCAACCUCCACCAAUACAAGACCCUCUUCAUCCUCCACCAUUACAAGGCCAUCUUCAACCUCCACUAUUACACGGCCAUCUUCAGUCUCUCGCUCAGUUCCAUCACGUGGGCCCACUCCGACAAGAACCCGACCAAACCCUAUUUCUGGUGACAGCAGAACCACUCGCCCUGUUAACAGUUCUAGGCCCUCAACCCCUACUUCCUCUCGACCUCAAACUCCUUCCAAUCCAAAUAUAAAUUCUCGUGUUAGCUCUAGACCAUCAACUCCUACUCGUAGACCCACUUCAUCAGGUGCUGGUAGCAGAAUCCCAUCUGUUGGUCGUAUUAACUCUACAACUACCAGGAAUCCGGUUGGGCCAGCGUCACGCCCUAGUUCCCCCGGCCCACGGCCCCGAGCUCCUGUGAGGCCAGUUGAUCUUCCUGAUUUUCCUGUUGAUGCACCACCAAAUUUGAGGACGAAACUUCCGGAAAGGCCAGCUUCAGCUGGCAGGACUCGUCCAGGAUUGUCAUUAACUGCUCGGGCAAAUUCGAAUUCUGCUGCAGCAGUGACAGCACCAGUUGCAGCUCCUGGUGGUGCAAACCGGAGAAAUUAUAUGCCAGUUGUGAGUAAGGGAAGGUUUCCUGAGAAUCCAUCAAGAUCUACUGCUAAAUUGCAUGGCAAUAAUGGCCAUGAGGCUGGUGCUGCACCUGAGAUUCAAAGGCUCAACUCGUUGGAUGGUGGAUUGCGAAGGCCUAUCAAACCGGUUUCUGCGACGGAGAGUACUGGAUUUGGAAGGAACAUUUCGAAGAAGUCGCUUGACAUGGCAUUGAGACAUAUGGACAUUCGUCAAGGAAUGAGUGGCAUUCGAGCCUCAUCUCUUUUCCCUCAAAGCAUCCGCUCAGCUUCUACUAAAGGGCGACCCGUUCGCAAAUCCGACCCUGUGGUCCCACUUGCAAGUGAUGACGGCAUAGCUGAUAGCGGUAGCUACAACGGAACAAUGUCCCCGGAUUGCAGGAGCAACUUCGCUCCCUCAGAGAAUGGAGAUUUCACAGCAGCACCCUCCAAGUCCCCAGAUAGAGACUCCGUUUCAGCAAGAGACUCUGAGCUUGACGUCCAUGGAGGCACUCGAUACGAUGCUUUCAUGUUGAAGGAGGAGGAUUCGAAAAACAUGAACUGGCUGCAUAGCGUUGAGGAUAAGUCCGACCAGAGCCCUGUGUUUGAUCACAGGUUCGAGCCGCUGCCUGAACCAUUUGGUAUGCUGUGAUUUGUUCUUCUGAUGUGGCUUUUGUAAGUUUAUGCUGUUUGCUUGGUUGGCACUCGGAGGUGGUUGUUUCAGUGUUUUAUGGAUGGAUACUGGUUUAUUGGUCUUGUAACUUGUUAUUGAUGCAUGUUGACGAGAAGCAAUCCUCAAAAGUUCAUGAUUGAGUUAAAUGUGCUUUGUGGUGUA